UUUAUUCGAAGCUCUAUUUCUAUAUACUCUGUCCUAUAUAUAUUCCUCCCUUUUUCUGCAGAUACUAAAACCCAUUUUCAUCUACAUCAAUAACAUCCAAUUUUAACAAUUUCUUUAUCAAUCUCAAAAGGGGAAAAAAAUUAUUUUCUUCGAUUUGAAAAAAAAAUGAGGGGAUUAGAAGAAGAAUUCAUUCCAUCAACACCAGGAAAGUUCAAAGACAAAACGUAUUACUCCGGUAACCGGCAAUUUCACCGGUGUUUUGCUUCAACAAGUACAAUGUUCUUAUGGGCAUUGUUUUUAUUAGCUUUAACGGCGUCGUAUUUGAGUUUUCAGUCCUUCAUGGAUUCCGGUACCCGGUAUCUCUCCUCCACAUGGGGUAGUCUUCAUUGGGAGAAACAAGUUCGUGAUUCCGCCCAAAUCCACCGUGUUAACGGCAUGUCCGUACUCGUCACCGGCGCUGCCGGUUUCGUCGGAUCUCACGUUUCAAUCGCAUUGAAAAAACGUGGAGACGGUGUCGUCGGAAUUGACAAUUUCAACAAUUACUAUGACCCUUCGUUGAAAAAAGCUCGCAAAAAUCUGUUGAAUUUGCAAAAUGUGUUCGUCAUUGAAGGGGAUAUUAACGAUGUUCAUCUGUUAGCGAAGCUAUUUGAUAUCGUAGCGUUUACACACGUUAUGCAUUUAGCUGCACAAGCUGGUGUUCGUUACGCCAUGGAAAAUCCCAAAUCUUAUGUUCAUAGUAAUAUUGCUGGGCUUGUUACGCUUCUCGAAGCUUGCAAAAAUGCAAACCCUCAACCCGCCAUUGUUUGGGCAAGCUCGAGCUCAGUUUACGGGUUGAACGAAAAGGUACCGUUUUCCGAAUCGGAUCGAACGGAUCAACCCGCUUCGUUAUACGCAGCAACGAAGAAAGCUGGCGAAGAAAUUACACAUACUUAUAAUCACAUUUACGGGUUAUCAAUAACCGGGUUGAGGUUUUUUACUGUUUACGGACCGUGGGGAAGACCCGACAUGGCUUAUUUCUCAUUUACCCGGAAUAUCUUACAAGGUAAACCGAUAACGGUUUAUCGGGGCAAGAAUCGGGUCGACUUAGCCCGUGAUUUUACCUACAUUGAUGAUAUUGUGAAAGGGUGUGUCGGGUCACUUGAUACAGCAGGGAAGAGUACCGGGUCGGGUGGGAAGAAACGGGGCCCGGCUAUGUUUCGGAUAUUUAACUUGGGUAAUACUUCACCGGUGACGGUACCGAUGAUGGUUGCGAUGUUAGAGAAGCAUUUGAAAGUAAAAGCUAAGAAACAUGUUUUGGAUAUGCCCGGAAACGGCGACGUUCCAUUUACGCAUGCGAAUAUUAGUUUGGCCCAAAAAGAACUCGGGUAUAAACCGACAACCAAUUUGCAAACCGGGUUGGGGAAAUUCGUUAGGUGGUAUCUCUCCUAUUAUGGCUAUAGACAAGAAAAGUCUGUAAAAUAAUUAUUUUUUUCUUUGGUUAUUUUUAGGAUUUUUAGAUUUUAUGUUAUCGCGGAAAAGGCGAAAGAAAAGAAAAAGAAGAGGAAGAAAAAGAAAAGAAUAUUAUUCUUUUCUUGUGGGAGGGAGGAGUGAAGAAGAUUGAACUCCUUAUUCCAUGUUAGAGUCUUAUUGUUAUAGUUACUUGCUUUUUCUUGUAAAAGAAUAAAAAAUUGCUCAUUCUAUCAAAUGGUAUUUGCACUUUUUUUAAA